AAUUGGUGAAAGCAAUUAAGUGUAUUUAUUAAUUUGCCCAACCUUAACCCCAAAUAACCCAAAAAACAUUAGAUUCUUACAUGUAGCUCAGGAAGUUGGCUCUUCUUGGUGCUGCUAAUUUCUUCACUUCUUCCAGCGCUCCUAACUGAACUGGAUUUACUCCUGCUGAGUCUGAUACAGCGAUAUGGAUUUUUCCUUUGAUGAGCUGCCCUCCACUUCUCAGUCCACUCCCAAGAGCCGACAUGAAGCCUCAGAGAUGCCAGAAGACCAUGAUUCAUCAGGAGGGAUGUCCUCGAGCAUGGGCAUGACUGACAUCCAAGAGAAUACCUGCUCAAGCAUUGAUGAUAUCCGUAGAAGAGUGCAGGAUCUGGUAGAGGAGAUUAACAACAACCGCACCAGUGACCAGAAAGUGAUGGACGGCUUUGAGGAGAAGUUAAUGAAGAAGGUGCCAGAGAUGUGCCAGCAGAUGAAGGAGCUCAUGUACUCGGUAUAUGAGGAAAACAGCAAUAAGAUGGAGGGGAAGCUGCAGGAGUUGUUCGAGGUGCUGGAGAGGUGCACUAAACUCAACAUGGAGCUCGUGGAGGCCAACCAGGCUCUGUCAGGUCUCAGAGAGGCCCUGGCCAUUAGCCAGACACCAGAACCCUGAGAAAUUAGCUAUUACUCUGAUGUCCACUUUAUAUUUGAACUAGUUCAGGUGUUAUUCAGAUUUACUUACUUAUUCUGAAUGUUUUCUUUUGUUAAUAUAUUGAGUAUUCAGAACAAGGUUCAGGUUAAAAACUUAGUUUCAAUGAAAAAACUAAAGCUGAAUCCAGGUUAUAUUUAUGGUCAGUUUCAGUAUCUAUUGACUAACAGUAACACAUAAGCCUAUUUGGGGGGGCUGUCAGGUGUUAACAUAUGUACAUAAAUAUACAUUAUAUUUGUAAUGUAUUACAGAGCCCCAUUGUGUCUGUAGUACUUUGUAUAUCACCAAUGCAGAUGUUCAGACCUACUCCCACUAAUAUAUAAAGAAAAAUGUUAAACGACAACAGAAGAUCAUUUAAUUUGAAUAUGGCACACAACACCUCAGAUGUACUCACACCUUUUCACUCAUUCAAAGUCCUUUAUUUACAUAUUAAAUUAUCACAAAAUAAAACUCAUAAUGCCACAACUUUA